CAUUUCGCCUAUCUCCCCCCUCCCCCCCUUUCUAACCCCCGUAUGAAUCAUGAGUCUAUUUUCAACAUGACUCGACGUCAGACUCUAAUCGCUCGUUCGAUAGUUUAUACCAUUCUUACCGCAAGGGAGGAUGGUAAGCCUGCCCGGAAACCUACUCUCUUGAAGAGAGCUCUUCGUCUUUUUUAUAUGUAUUGGUUAACCUUUCGGCUGGCACGGGAGGAUAUAUUCAGAACUCUGCGCCGUGUAUGGAUGGUCGACGAGGAUGACUACAAAGCAAGUUUCAACGUUAGGAAACAGAGCAACACGAAGAAUAAAGAAGUAUUAAUACCUAUGGGCGAUAAGGGCUACAGCGGCUCGACCUUCUUCCGCACUAACGACGGCGCGUAUCUGGUCAAAUCUAUCCCUCGAUAUUUCGAGCACGACUUCUUCAAGAACGAUAUGCUUAUACCUUACGCCGACCACAUGCGUGCCAACCGUUCCAGUUUACUCGUGCACAUCACCAAUUUCUUAGAAAGCGCGCACAAGAGCAUUGGCACGCUACUCGGCCUCGCACCAAGCCACCACAUCGUCAUGGAAAAUAUCAUGUACGGACAAGACCAAGACCAAGACCAAGACCAGGACCAAGAAUCGCACAACGGUCCCAAACCGCCGAAAUGGGAAUCGUGGGAUCUCAAACCUAGCUCCUAUUUCUUCCCCGAGAGAGAUAUCGCCGGAGGUGCCUUGACUUCCCAGGCGACCAAGUCGAAGCUCGCCGACGAAUUUAACGAAAAGAUUUGGCUCACCGAAGCGCAAGCCACCGAGUUUCAACGCCAAUUAGAAAACGAUACUUUAUUCCUCGCUCACUGCAACGCCGUCGAUUAUUCGCUCUUCCUCGUCCGCAUAUCCGCACCAGACGCUCCGACGACCGAACCAGAACCCCCCCUAAUCCAAUUGGAAGAGACUGGCACCGAGCCUAGCCCCCCAUUUGCGCUGCCGAGUCCGCCGAGUUGGCGCACGGGGAUCGUAUCGAGCGACGGCAAGGAGGUGUACCGCGCUGCCGUGUUGGAUUUCUUCUGGGCCACGCACACGGUCCAUGCGAAGGCGAUGACGACGUUGGUCCAGGGUUACAACCUCAUCGACAACCAAGGGCCGAUGAGCAUCACGACAGAUAGCAGGGAGUACCGGAGCAGGUUUUUAGAUAUGUGUAGGGAGCUCGUGGAAGUACAGAGUUGAUAAAUUCGGGCGGUUAUUUCGAAGAGUUGAUUUACUAGGUUAGAUGCCUCUGACAUAUACACGGCGGCGUUUUUUAUUUUGUAUGCAGAGCGGGAAUUGGUUAUCGUG